GCACAUUUUCAUCAAGAGCUAGGUGUCGAAAGGCUCUCAAAAAGCUGGAAGAAGCCAUUGAAAGAGAAACAAAACAAGAAAUAGAGAGAGAGACUUCUGCUCUGGACUGGACUCUUGCUUUUGCAAAGUCACUUUUGUUUCUGGAUUCCUGCACCUUAGAGCCAGAGCAGCAGCUAUAGUUUGUCAAUUCAAAUAUCAUGGCAAACCUCUUUCUGAUUCUAGUUUGCUGACUCAUCAGAAACCAUGGGUCAUUGAUUCAGGUAUCACACCAAAUCAUAGCUUCGUUAAGCAUGGUUUGGCAUUGGGUCGAAAUUGAGGUAGUAUGCAGAUCUAGCAAAUCCAAGAUAUCCACAUGUCUGGAGGGAUGGUUAUACUUCAAAUAUUGUUUAUAAUUGAGUACGCAUUAAGUUUAUUUAAACCUACAAAUUGCAGAGGUUUGAAGAUGGAAUCUAACAAUUCUAACUGUCUUAAAGGUAUUCAGAGUGAUAAGCAGUCUAUAACAGAUUACAUCAGUGAACAGAAAGAGUUGUUUCUACUGGAGUAUGCGGUUAAAACUAAACAACGCACCAUAUCCAAGCUGGAGGAAAUGGUAUCAGAGGAAGAGAGGAGGGCCAAACUCGCCGAAACAAAAUUAGAAGAAGAUGCAGUUGCAUUUGAUGAGUUUCUCAAAGAAAACGACAGACGUUCUGUUGAGGCUCUUAAAAUUGCAACUCAGGAAGCAAAAGCUAAAAUGGAGGUGACAAUGGAAGUGAAGUCAGCAAUGAAUGAGCUGUUCUCUCUUAAAAGUGAAAUUGUAAACAGUGAAGAUGAACUGAGACUGUCUUUAUCGUACGAAGCUUUUUUGUUGAGUGUAUCUCCUAAAGAGUGGCAAGACCAACAGAUUAUAAAAAAGAAGCUAUUGAAAAAGGAUAAAAGAGACAUUUCAAAGUCUUUGAUGUCUUUUCCUUCUCGUGAGAAAAGCAAGAUGGUGUCUACUUCUUUAAUAUUACGCCAAAAAAUAAACAAAUGGUCACAUGUCAAAGGGCAACAAUAUCCCAAGAAAACGCUACCUUCACAAUCAACGUCAGUAGUUUUUUCUGAAACUGAUGCGAAGAAAGACCAUCAGAAAAGCCAAGGAGGCGACUACAGGUUUUUUAAGAGGGCAUCAAGAGUAUCGCUGGGCAAAAGAUUCUCAAUGGAAGGGAGGAAAAAAUCGGUAGCAAGCUGUUCAAGUGAAAAAAGUAUCGCCUCUUCAGACGCCUCUUCAGAUUUUUCGCUUGAAGAUCUAGACAGUGACGAGGAACCAGAGAUAUAUUUCAAAGAUCCGGAUGAGUUGCUUCAGCUGUACAGGCAUCUUGAGGAACAAAAUCUAUCACUGUUUCAAAAUAUUCAAGAUCUCAGUGGAACACUAGAAGACGCACGGCAGAGAGAACACGCCAUUGUUCAGGAAAUCCUUUUUUAUAGGGAAAAAGGGAUAAAUGAGAUAGUAAAUCAGAAAAAAGCCCUUAUAGCUGCUCGCAUCAAAGAAGAACAGAAAAGUGCUGAACUGGAAUUAAAAAUCAAAGUGUUUUCUUCCGGAGACUAUAAUCCAACAUCCAUGGAUAAAACGCUGAAUACACUUAAGAAAAAAAUAACAGAGGUGUAUAGGGCUUGCUGUGGAACGAUUGAAGUAGCCAGCAUGACCUCCUUUCAAAUGCUGAAAGCAAUAGAAAUCAGAGUUUCAGAACUGUGUGAGAUGUUGGAAAUACUUCCACCGGAAUACCUUGAGACGGUUGAAGUUAUGGAGAAACUCCGAGCAAAACAAAGACGGCAGAGGGUUCGUGAAGAUAAAUUGAAAGAAUUGAAGAGAAUCCAGGAAGAACGGCUGAAGCAUGCUCUGGAAAGAGCAAUUGCAGUACCAAAGACAAGGGUGGGAAGAAAACUGGUUUUCCGCUCCCAGCCUCCAGAAGCUAAACAAAAAGGAGUACAAGUUGAAGAUUUAACUACAAAAAGUGAAGAUGAUUACUUUUUCAGUUGAAUUCUUCUUGUUUCAUGACAUUUCUUUUUGGAAUAGCACUAGAUCUUGAUUCUAGCUCUGUUCAGCAGAGUUAUAGUAGGUAAACUGUGAC